AUGCCGAACUCGGACUAUAAAUCGCUAGUCGAUGGUGGCGUCAAAUCACCCACCGGGACGAAGGCAUUCGGACUUUUCCCUCUCAUGGGGUACGAACCCAUCGCCAACAUGUCGACCGCAAUCCUAGAAGAGAAGACUGAUGCUGUGGCUAUCCUCGAGGCCUUCCCUGAGCUGACCAGCGUCGCCGUAACCGACUUGUCUCCAACGGUAGUCUUCAGUGCUAGAAUGAAUGUGAUUUCUGCCGUGCACGAGUCCCCCAAGACCGUCCAAGCGCCUGCUCUCAAUGCCGCGGCCUGA